CAGGAUAAGGACCACGAUAGCCAUCUCUAUUGUUUGUAUAUUGGUGUUCUAAUCGGAUUCCUCCAACUAAGAUGCACUUUUGUUCCCUUUUGUGUCUCUUAGUCUCUCUCUCUCUCUCUCUCUCUCUCUCUCUCUCUCUCUCUCUCUCUCAUAUGUAUUGUCUGUCAGUGUGAACUAGAAGUUCCUUACUUGGUAGCCUCUACCACUCAUCCACUGUCAGUAUGAAAUGCAAUCUCUCACCUUUCUAUUCAUCUGAAGUUUCCCAUCAUUUCCCUAUUCAUACCUGCAUUUCCCUCUAGUACUCCCGUUGCUGGAGUUUACUCAUUUUCACUUGACAAUCCACUACAUCUCCUGUCAUCUCUUGCUGGUUUUCAGUGUCAGUAGACAGCUCUGGAAUCUCAAGAUGAAGGCCCAAUUCACUACUUUGGCCAUCUGUUGCUGCUUUGUUUUUUGCUGACACAGGAGACCCGCCUCUUGUAUACUGGGUUUCAUCAAGUCUCUCUCGCCAAUAAAAUUUAUGUCGACUGUCUUCGGUGGUUCCUCAUAACCCAUUUCUUGAUUUCUGAAUCAAACCAAACCCAGUUAUUUCUUUCUUCUUCGUUCUUUCUUUUAAAUCAUUUGUUGCCAUCCAUGAAGGAUGAUCAGAUGACCAUUCCUCCCUUGUUUAGAUGCCCAAUUAGUUUAGACUUGUUCACAGAUCCAGUCACUCUAUGUACAGGCCAGACCUAUGAUCGAUCCAGCAUUGAGAAAUGGCUUGCAGCUGGGAAUCUCACUUGUCCUGUAACAAUGCAGAAGCUCCACGAUCCUUCCCUAGUCCCCAAUCACACGCUUCGGCAUCUGAUAGACCAGUGGCUCUGCAUGGACUACGGCUUCGACCCUGAUUAUUUAAAAACCAUCGAUCCAGACCUGUCCUUGGCCGCCCUGAAGCACAAGCUUGAAUCUCACGAAGUAACCUUGACAACUAAGAUAGAAACACUCGGGAAACUCGGAAUUCUGUCCAAGGAUUUGGCGUGGAGGUAUGGCUUGAUCCAGUUAGGCUUCUUCCCACUACUACUGCGACUGUUAUUCGUUAACGUCGGUAGUCGUCGACAAGAAAAACUCGACCGAGAUUAUUCAGAGCUCGCAGAACAAUCUCUCACUUGUGUUUUGAACAUGCUGGCUUUCAGCGAAUUGGGUUCUCUAGAUAUGCUCAAAGAAGACUCUAACUUAGCAUCCUUCCUGGUUUUACUAGACCAGGGCACUACCAAGAUUAAGACCAGUUUGUGUCAGAUAGUAGAGGCAAUUGCAUCGUCCUCAGAAACCAGAGAACUUUGCGUGAAGCUUGGGAAAACCCGAAAUUUCUUGCACGGAUUGAUAACUCUCCUGCAUCAUAACUCAGAAGCCUCUGAUGCAGCAGCUAAAGCCAUAUCUGCUCUGUGUUCUCUAGACCUGAAUCAAGAAAAUAUUGUUAAGGCAGGCGGGGUGGACGGCCUUAUAGCCUAUAUUUCUACUGCCAACAUACGCCAAGCAUCGACAGCAUUGGCCACGCUUGAGCUUCUAUUAGGACUAGAGAGCGGCAAGAAGGCUGCAAUUAAGAACACAAGUGCAGUUCAUGCUCUUGUUAAGAUGGUUUUCAGAGUAUCUGAUCAUGAAGGCAGUGAGAGUGCAGUCAGCUCUCUGCUGAUCAUGUGCUACGAUUCGUUGAGGGUGCGAGAAGAAGCAAUAGGCGUCGGAGUCUUGAAACAACUGCUACUAUUACUUCAGAGCCAGUGUGGUUCCAGGGCCAAGAACAAGGCCAGGAUGUUGCUCAAGUUUCUUAGAUCGAUGUGGUCUGAGGACCUAAGUAAAGUACAGUGUGUUGCCUAAGUUAAUCUGUGUUUUCACUGUGGAAAUUUCAGUCUAGGAUCUCCCUAUUGUUUAUUUCCUGUACCAGAGGCUUCCACUUUUUUUUUUUUACGAUGUCUCAGUAAUCACAGUUUAAGAGAUUGCUUAUGGAAUGGAGUGUAAGAAGUAAUAAACUCCCACCCCAACAGAAAAUUUAGAGAAUUGGGUGUCUUUACUUUGUA